AGUUAACUUCCGCGUUCUAAAAAUCCUAAGCCCGGUCGGUUUCUUUUUAUCAACCUUGCUUCUUCUUCUUGCCCCCCCAAUAUUAUUCGCUUUUAGAUUUAGAGGUAAUUCUCUAAUUCCGAUUGCAAUUCAAUUUAUCAAACCCUAAAAAAUGGGUAAGAACGAUUUCCUCACACCGAAAGCAAUCGCGAAUCGAAUCAAAGCGAAAGGUCUUCAAAAACUCCGAUGGUACUGUCAAAUGUGUCAGAAACAAUGUCGAGACGAGAACGGUUUCAAGUGCCACUGUAUGAGCGAGAGCCACCAGCGGCAAAUGCAAGUCUUCGGUCAAAACCCUAACAGAAUCAUCGACGGCUACUCUGAAGAAUUCGAAAACGAAUUCCUUGACAUGAUGAAACGGAGCCAUAGGUUUUCUCGUGUCGCGGCGACCGUGGUUUAUAAUGAGUAUAUUCAUGAUAGGCAUCAUAUUCAUAUGAACUCGACGCAGUGGGCGACGUUGACGGAAUUUGUCAAGUAUCUUGGGAGAACUGGAAAGUGUAAAGUUGAGGAAACGCCCAAAGGGUGGUUCAUUACUUAUAUUGAUAGGGACUCAGAGACGAUUUUCAAGGAGAGCAUGAAGAAUAAGAGAGUUAGAGCGGAUUUGGCCGAAGAGGAGAAGCAAGAGAGGGAGAUUAAGAAGCAGAUCGAGAAGGCUGGAGAGUUGUUUACUGUUAACAAUGAUGGUGUGGAGAGAGGUGAUGUAGAAAAUGGUGAAGUGCGGCCAGCCAAGGAGUUGAAAUUGGACAGUGGUGUGAAGGUUGGUUUCGCGCUUGGUUUGAAGAGUAAUAAUGUUGGGAAAGAUAGAGGGGAGAGUUCUAGUUCUAGACUGGUUUUUGAGGAAGUUGAGGACAAGGAGAGGAAGACGGGGAGAAGUAAGGAAAGUAGCAAUGGAGGUAAAAGUGGGAAAUCAGCAUUGGAGGAGUUGAUGAAAGAGGAAGAGAAGGCCAAGGAAAGGAGUAACAGGAAGGAUUAUUGGUUAUUCGAAGGUAUUAUUGUUAAGGUAAUGAGUAAAGCUUUGGCAGAGAAAGGGUAUUAUAAGCAGAAAGGGGUAGUGAGGAAAGUGAUUGAUAAGUAUGUUGCUGAAAUUGAGAUGCUUGAGAGUAAGCAUAAGUUGAGGGUCGAUCAGGAAGAGCUCGAGACUGUGAUACCGCAGAUUGGGGGUUUAGUGAAAAUAGUGAAUGGGGCGUAUAGAGGUUCCAAUGCCAGGUUGUUGGGAGUGGAUACAGAGAAGUUUUGUGCCAAGGUGCAGAUAGAGAAGGGAAUUUAUGAUGGGAGAGUGCUCAAGGCUGUUGAAUAUGAGGAUAUUUGCAAACUUGCGUAGUGAAUUGUUCAAUUUUUUUAUUUGAGUUGUGGAAUUGCUCUUGUAGUUUUCCAUCUAUUGAUCUCGUGGAACAUGUAACGUAUCUUUUCAUGAUUAAUUAAUGACUUUGGAAAGUUGUUUAUCCGCAAGCUUUUCUUUAGUGUUCACAUUCUCCCCAAA